AUGAAGUCCCGCGUUCGGUGGAUGCAGACCGUCGCCGUGCACCGCCGCACCCAGACUGGACGAGUGGAUGCUGCAUGCGGCGCUUUAGGCAUACCGUACUUUGUUUAUGCGGCAAGAAGGGCCGACCUGAGGGUCCGAAGUCCGGCAGGUGUUCCUUGCCCUGAGGCCUCCCGGGCAGGUGAGGCUGUCGGCACUGUUGCACUUGCGCCCCUAUUGAAGGUGCAGGCCUGCCGCAACGCUUGCGCGGUGAGGAGCGUAGACAGGAAGGCGGGGAGCCUCAAGGGCCAGGUCCCCCUGCAGCGCACCAGGAUUCGAGGCCAGACGUUGCGGUUUCGCCGGACAGUGCAGCGCCGGCUGCUCUUCCUGAGAGGACCGCAACAGGCGCGAGGCAACGCCAUCCACGACAUCCUGCGCUUCCACUAUGGGAGACGUCACUCAUAUGACCCCAAUGUCACCCCUAGCCUAUACCAUGCCUCAGCUUAUCGCAGCUUGACGUUCGCCCAGAACCACGCGAGAGGCGAGCUGACAGCAGUGCAGUUGUGCCUAAACCGACUGAAGCUGAUGAGCCCGGGGCUCGUGGGCACUGGUCUACAAGGCAUCUCGGAGUGGCAGAGCGCCAGAUGA